AUGUUCCGCGGACACAGUGCUUGGUUCUCGCAGAGUGUCAGCCCGGGCCCGCGGGGACUGUGGGCAGACGCUGGCGGGACACUCGCCCACUGGCUGGAUGCUGAUUACCUCUUCAGCAGCGAUGCUGCCCACCCCGACACCCGCAGCAUACACGAGAGUCUCAGUUACCUGGAGGGCAGAGCCACGGUCUUUCACUCCUGUUACCUCUCAGUGUGUGCCAGCACCCGAGAUGGAGAGAGGCCCUCGGUGGCUCUGGGCCGCUUCGUCCUGCCCCCUGCCUGCCUGCAUGAAGAAAUCAGAAGGAAAAUUGGCCGGUUUAUUUGGGAGAAGGCAGAUGCUGUUGAAGAACAGCCCAACGAAAAUCCGACAGAGGAACCAGAAGCAGCAAGAAAUGCCUGUGAGGAAGAAUCAGAGGAGGAAGUGCUAGACCUGGCUGAGAGCAGUGAAGAAACAGACUCUGAAGCACUUGCCCAGGGAGAAUUUCCAUACCGUGCCCUCCAGGAAUACCCAAUAAAUAACAUGGUGACAGGCUAUGCCUCUGCACGGGACAUGAAGAAAUAUGAGGGGGAACUCCACGAUUUUAUCCCUGGCACCUCGGGCUAUGCAGCGUACUGGGUUCAGAGCAAAUGUAGCAUUUAUUGUGAGAAGACCAAAAUGAAGAGGAAAUGGUAAGGAACAGGUGGCUGCAGCAGCAAAAACUUCAAUGUAAGAGCUGCCAGAUGAUUUAUAAAUUAUCCAACUGCAGCUCAGAGAGUUCAAUGUGUUAUUUAAGUACUGGCUACAGUUAUAGCAGUAUUUGCUUCUUUAAGUAACUACUAAAACUAAAUUUCACAACAAACAUAAAUACAGACAUUUUCCCCCAAAACAGAAAUAGUUUCUUUUUAUUCCGGGGCAGGGAUGGUGGUUUAAGCUGUGUUUUAACUAAUUUAAGCAAGUUUUUCUUGGAGGGACAAUCCAAGGUCUCCUCACUUUAAUUUAAUCAAGGAAUUUUAAGACUUUUCCCCUUUCGUUUAAGCACUUGGAAGUGACCAGUAGGGUAGCAAAAAGCAACUUUUAUUAUGGUACAGCCUGAUUCCUGGGCUGUCCACUCGGAGGAAGCACAGGAAAACCUAGGACAGGCUCCCACAAGCUCCAAGGAGCCACCAUGGUUGUUCUCUCCACUGCCCCAAAGGCAGGAGAGCCUCUAAAAUAACAGCUUUACACCUCACA